AUGGUAAACUCCCUGGCUCACCGUGAAAGCUGGUGCUGGAAGUACAUGGAUGACAUCACUCUUGGUGAAACUCUCCGUGCUGACGUUGACAUUAUAAGUUCUCUUCAAGAAAAGUCCAAUGAUAUCUGUCGUGAAGUUCAUGACAAGAAGAUGCAGCUAAACCCCACCAAAUGCAAGGAAAUGUUGGUCUGCUUCAAAAGGAAAACACCUACAAUCAGUAACAUUACUAUCGAUGACAGACCAAUUGAACGAGUAACAUCUUAUAAAUUAUUAGGCCUAAUUAUAUCAUCUAAUCUGAAGUGGAAUGCUCACAUUGAGCAUCUAAUUAAGAAGACCUCUAAGAGGAUUUAUUCUGUACGCCUCCUAAAAAGAGCAAGUGUUGCCGAACAAGACCUUGUCACGUUCUACACAACUUGUAUCAGAUCAGUCCUUGAGUAUGCCUGCCAAGCAUGGUUCUACAGCACCCCGAAUUUCCUCCUCGAACAACUUGAAUCCAUCCAAAGGCGAACGAUGCGAGUUAUAUACCCGGAUCACAGCUACAACGAAGCCUGCUUGCAAGCAAGGAUUCCACGAGUGAAGGAAAGGCUUGAAGACCUCUGCAAGUCGUUUUUCCUGUCGAUGCAGAACCAGCAUCAUAAACUCCAUGGUCUCCUCCCUGAACUGUAUAACAACCCAUACGCAACAAGGUAUUCUACAAAWGGCCCGACUUACAWGACUCCUGUCUACAAGACCAAACGAUCCAUGAACAAUUUUAUAUGCCAGGCCGCAAGGUCGUGGAACCUGUCAUCUAGAGGACGUUGA